AUGUCACUUGAUUCCAGCUUUAUUAGACGUUCGAGUAUAUAUACACCACCAACACAAAAAAAGUCUUUUACAAAACCAUCGCAAAUAAUGAUCCGUGAAAAUAAUCCUUUAUUCAAAGAAUGGAUCGAAGAUCUGACUGACUAUUCUUUUCACUCAUCCAAUAUAACUUCCAUAACACCUUCAUCCCCUCCUCAAUCACCUAGUGAGUUAUUAAUAGCUACCGCAUUUGCAAAUUCUCUAUAUGAUAACCAAACUUCAAAUGUGGAUACUUUGAUGCCUCAAAUACAUUUAUUACAAUCUUCAAAUAGUGGUGUGAGUCGUGGUGACCUUACUCCUCAACUUAGUACUGAUGUUGCUUCACGAUCAACCUCUAUUGAAUCUUCGAUUUCAAAUACUCUUCAUCCUUCAAAGUCCACUCCCCCUCAAUUUAUCUUUAAAAAACCUUCUCAAAAAAAAUCUAGCCUAUUUGGUGAUUUAAAACGUGUAUUUAAAACUCCUUCAAGAUCAAAUUCUCAAAAAUCUUUUUCAACACAUAAAAAUGUUCAAAUAUCAAAACAUGGCAAAUGGGGUAAACAUUUGGGUUCUGGUGUUGGCGGCUCUGUACGAUUAUUUCAUCGUUCAUCCGAUAACAAAGAAUUUGCCAUAAAACAAUUUAGAAUGCGUUAUAAUUACGAAUCAGAAAAAUCUUAUCGUAAAAAAAUUUUAGCUGAGUUUUGUAUCGGUUCAACUCUUCAACACGAAAAUAUAAUUAAAACUUUAGAUAUUAUACAAGAAAAUGAUCGGUUAUACGAAUUAAUGGAAUAUGCUCCUUAUGAUUUAUUUGAAACUGUUAUGAGCAGAAAGAUGUGUGAACAUGAGAUAGCUUGUUGUUUUAAACAAUUAGUAAAUGGUGUAAAUUAUUUACAUGAAAUGGGAAUUGCUCAUAGAGAUUUAAAGUUGGAUAAUUGUAUGUUGGAUAAAUCAGGAAUUCUAAAACUUAUCGAUUUUGGUUGUUCUACUGUCUUUAAAAAUCCUUUUGAUAAUAAAAUCAUAUUUUCUAAAGAAUCCUAUAAUCGAACUCCCUACGAUGCUCGAUUAGCUGACAUCUGGUCAAUCGGAAUAAUAUUCAUUUGUAUGCAUAUGGGUAGAUUUCCUUGGAUGAUUGCGAAAUCAUCUGAAUCUUCCUUUAGAGCAUUUCUUUCGAAUCCUGAUAAAUUAUUUAAAAGAAUUCCAGAAAAUUCAAGACCAUUAAUCAAAAAAAUGCUUCAAGUAAAUGUAGAAGAAAGAGCUACUAUGAAAGACAUUUUUGAAGAUGAAUGGUUUAGAGGAAUUGAAGUUUGUACUAGUCAUGAACAAUCAAAAGGACAUGUACAUCAUUUGUUAGAAGGACGUGAAACUGAAUAG